CACGCUAUAAAAAGUAAGCAGGCACAUUUUUUAAGGAAAACACAGAAGCAGCCAUGAGUUGCUGAGUCGUUGACCAUAUUCGAACUUGUCAUACAGUCGCCAAUCUUCUCCUUGGGAGGGGGAGCUGAAGAUAAGCCCAGAUUCAGAAACUUCUUUCUCUUCCCUUCCAUGGAUUCCGCCAUCUCUCUAAUUGCCUCCAAUCUGCCUCUCUCCUCCCUCAAUUUCCGCUUCUCCGGACCUAAUUUCACCCAUUUCACCUGCAUUUCGCCUAUCUCUGCCAUUCACUCGCCCACCGUUCCGCUGCGUGCCGCUGUUCCUCCCCUCCACCGUCGUUUUAAAUUCGUCUCCAAAUUUGCUUCUGGCAACGGAAAUGGCGGCGUUCGAGAUGAGAGCGGCGGCGGUGGGGAUGACGGUGGGCCUGACGGUGGCGAUGCCGAGUCCAAAUUGCUUGCGGAAGAAGCUGAGGGCGAUGCGACGCUGUCCGCAGACGUCAUUGUUCUGGAUGUUGGAGGAAUGACAUGCAUGGGGUGUUCGGCAAGUGUCAAGAGGAUUCUUGAAAGUCAGCCACAAGUGUCACAAGCUAGUGUUGACCUUGCUUCGGAGACAGCAGUCGUGUGGCCUGUAGCUGAAGCAAAAAUCACACCCAACUGGCGGGAAGAGCUGGGAGAGGCACUUGCCAAGCAUUUGACUACUUGUGGUUUUUCGUCUAAGGUUCAAGGUCAAGGUGCUGUAGGAGGAGAUGUUUCAUUAUAGAAAUGCAAAACUUUUCUGAUCAAUGGCAACUGCUAAUUUGAUGGUGCAAUCUCAUUACACUUGCUAUGCAUUUUCAAAGUUAGCUACUUGGUUAGUAGACACGACAAUAAGUGGCGAAGCGGAAGAACAGGACUCGAUUUGCUGCACCGAUAUGUAUCAAUAAACCGAUAAAUAUCAGCAAUGGAUGGUGCCAGAUUGUUUGCUGGCCCUGAAGACUAGAGAUCUGUUGUUGCACACUGAGGAAGAAUGACAUAUUUCAGGUAAUAUCAUGAAUUCUUAAGAGUUGGUUACAACUACCAAGUUAUAUUGUAUCUUUAGUUCUUGUAUGGAAGGAACAUGGUUAGCCGUUGUUAUGCUGAUUGUUAGAAUCAUUAGCAUUUGAAAGACAUUAAUUGAAUUAUUAAUAAUGAGCACAUAUCCUCAAAAUUCAGGUUAGUUUCA